AUGACCAAUAAGAUGGAUGAUAUUGAAAAAUGUAUUCAAAAUGCCAUUGAAGUCUAUAAUGGCAAUCAAAAACAAAAAAUCCUACCUCUGGCGCGCAAAUUCAACAUUCCUUAUCAAUGUCUUCAAAUGAGAAUCAAUGGAAGGAAAACAUGCAAUGCAAAGAUUGCACUGAACAAGAAGCUUAACAAGAGCCAGGAGGAUGUGUUGAAAGACAAGAUGUGGAUCUAUCAACAUAUAAAAAGUUUGAAUGAGUAUAAAAGAGUGAAGCAGAAGGCAAUAGAUCUGAAAAGAAUUGUUGUAGAGAAUAUUAACUACAUCAAAUAUGCAUUUCAAACCUGUGAUAUUUAUAACUUUGAUGAGAUUGGCUUUCAAGAAGUUAUAACUUCAUCAUAUUCUCAAGGAUUGAUCACUGUGAUUGAGUGUAUUUCAGCAGAUGGUGAGGUAUUGAAUCUCUUUAUUAUCAUGAAAUUCAAAACUCAUUUCAAAGAUUGGUAUACACAAAGCAAUCUACUGAGUGGAUAUAUGAUUGCGAUGUCAGAUAAUGACUAUACCAAUGAUGAGAUUGGCUUUGCUUGA